AUGACCUACUCAGCGGUUGACUUUUUCGUUGCUGUGGUAAGUGAAAUGGAACUUAUUCUUUUUUUCGAAUUGACCAAAUUUCAGGCCGCACAUCACUAUGAAUCAUCUUUUUCUGUUUUUCUCAGUCAUGGGCCUCUAGUUGAUGUGAGUUUUGUUGAAGACAUGAAAAACGUCUUCAAAUUUGAAAAAAGUUGAUCUAUUUUCUUGCUCCGCCUUUUCAUUUCGAAAGCUAUUUUGGGUUUGUGUGUCGCAAUUGCGGGACUCAUAACGCAAAACGUUUUUUUUUACUUAUCAGUUUUCUUUUAUUGAAAAUUGAAACUUUUCUUAAUGAUGAAUUCCAGAGCCCAGUCCUUGGUGAAAUCGGCGUGAUAAUCCGUUGCUCAUUUGUAAGUUUGAGUUAUGGCAUCUUUGAGAUACACUUCCUUUACCGCUACAUAAAUCUGUGCAGGUUUUUUUCUUGAUCGAAAAAUUAUUCUGAAUAUUCUUCAGACCCAAAUUGAUUCACUGGUUUACCCGACCAUUAUACAUUUUUGGAUGGUUCCUUUUUUGGUUGUUUUUUGGUAUUUAUUGGGCUCUCAGUGUCAGUAUGGCUCGGUUGAACGAGGAGGAUCGCGAAUUUCUGCGUGAAAGUUUUUUCGUCACUUUUAAUGUCAACAUUGAUAACGUCAGCCUUGUUGGGAUACGGUACAAGGUUAAUAUUAUUUUUUUCACCUGUCGGAGAGUAGAAUAAUAAUGGAAUAAGUAAUUAAGGCAAAGACUAUUGUCAGGACUUGUAUAGUAAUGAUGCUGGUCAAUACGUUGUCGGUUGCAGUAAUCGUUUCCUACUUUGUUCUGGGCUACAAGGUGAUGAUUAAAACAGAAACGAUAGUUAGGGGAAUGAAUCUCGAAAAACCUUUUUACAAGAGGAGUGAGAAUGCAUAUUUCGAUCAAACAUGGCUGAGAGGUACUCAAAAACACCCUUAUUCAAUUGAACACGAAAAAAUUCGCCUCUUGACUUUUAGUAGAGCUAUGACGCUUGAAAAUCUUUAAAUAACGCUAUUUUAUCAUUAUUUGGGUAGUUUGCAAGCUUCGAAGCGUCAUAGCUCGACUGCAAGGCGAAAGUAGAUUUUUUUUUCCUUGUUGUAGAAUAAGGAGGUCCCAAGUCCAUCCCAACGAAGUUUCAUCCAAAAUCGAACGGGGGCUGGAAAUGCCUCUCUUGUCAAAAAAAUCAAUAAAAGCCCACUAAAAAAAAAUUAAUUAAGAUCAACAAUCAUCUGAAGGUUUCUACACUAAGUCUAGCUGCGAAGAGAGUUCAUCGUCAGUUGUUCAUGGCUCUAAUCGCCCAAACAACCAUUCCUUUUGUGGUCAGCUUCUUGCCCUGUUUACUUAUAUGGUACACGCCCAUGUUUGGUAUUAGCUUGGGCAGGUUAUAAUCAUUUUUUAUUUGAGAAAAAUGAUGAAAAUUUUACAGUUUCAACAACUACUACACGAUUCCGAUGUUCAGCGCCUUCCCACUUUGUGAUCCUAUCGCAAUAAUCGCUAUAUUCUCUGAAUAUCGUGCCUACAUCUUGAAACGUUUCGGAAUAAAGACAGCCGUGAGAAAUGUGCGAUAUUCCUCUUCCGGUACAAUUAAAGAGCUGUCGGACUCCAACCACCGUAGACAAGACGUUAAAAUGAUUUUCUUGAAUAUUGUUGGUCAUAACUGAUUUUCAAUAAAUAUUCGUUUUUUUUUCUCCGGACAUAGCACGUUCCGCGUCAGAUUGCAACCAUUAUGUUUCCUCCCGUUUUAGUUUUCGAAUAAAAAACUUCUCUACUCAAAUAAUGGAUGCAAAUGGCAACAUACCGAGAGCUGGAAAUAGAAAAAUGUUCAUGAUUAUAAUCAAUAUUUAGCUCGUCAAAUAAAAUACACGAACAUAAAAAAAAAGGAAAAUGAAAAAUUACAGGAAAAACGGUAAAGAAAUGGAAAUUUUAAGUACCAAAAUAUUGGUUCCACGAAAACAAAAAUGUAACGCAGGGUGUGCGCGCUUUUUACGCAAAUGCGGCGCGGUUGUCUAAAGCGUUGUUGUGAGAGAAUAGUUUCAAGAUGCGGCAAAAAUUUUUGCAGACGUUUCUCAGGCUACCGUAACCUUUACGUUGAAAAUAGAACGGUUAAAAAAUUUUUUCUUAAUAUUCAAUAAAUCUUGCUCAAAAAUGUACUGCAUCAAAAAAAUUAAAUGUGUUUAAUUUUUUUAAAACAAUUUGCGGUCUCUAGGCAUAGAGAAGAUUUUCCAUUUCUUUCCAUGAAAAAAACAAUUGUACCUAAUGGUUAAAGGAGACCAAAAUUGUAAAGUUCUCGAGGAGAAAAGCAAUUUGUCUUCGAUUCACCCUGAAAGCUGUUUCUGAUUGACUAUAAAUGAAAAUCCCAAUAUAUUUUUUCCUAAUGGGAAGCUAACUAUUCGAAUAAAAGAAAAAAACCUAAUGAAUAAUUCUACUAACUUCAUCCUAGAUUCGAUUCAAAAAUGAAAGUUCCUAUGGAACGCCAGAGUGGUCUCUAUAGAGGCAACCUUAGGGACCUUUAAGGUUUUCUAUGUACCAAAUUACAUUCACCAAAAGGCCGGCAAAGGCUUGCAGAAGUGACCCCUGUUGGGGCCAUUAUUCUUAUGAGCUUUAGGAGAAGAAGGGUUCAUGAAAAACUCAACAAUUCACAAUAUUUGAACGAAAAGAUAUCAAAAAAGGAUAAACCGAAUAAAGUAUGUCUAUAUAAUCCCUCAAAGGGGGGGGCUCAGGGCCGACUAUUUUGUAGAAGGUUUUCCUAUAAGGAUUUUUAUCCCUGAACCCGCCUAGGGACCACUCUGGAGUUCAUUUGUCUGACCUUCCCUUUUCUCAGAAGGUUGUCAAAUUGAGUAAUUACGUCAGAACAAUGACCCAGUGAAUUGAACUUUUCCAUCUGCCUUUUUUUUCCGUCUUCCAAUUAAAGCGUUGUCAACAGCUUUAACAAAAGUUCAUAAGUUCUUGCUACGUCGAUUUUCUCACUUUUGGCGAUUUUGGUUAGGAUCGCAACUACAAAUUCACUUUCUGAGCCAAACUUGAUUCAUAAAAAUUUGUAAAAAGCCUUUCAGGAGUAAAUAAUAAAGAGAAAUUAAAAGUUUACGAAUGCCCGAGGUCGACGUUGGCCUUAUACCAAAAUGGCUUCCGCGUUUUUUCUGCUUUCUCUCAUUUCUCUUCAAUCCACUACUGAUCUAUCUUGUCAUCACCCAAAAUAAGUGCAAAAUUGGUCCUUAUCGACACUUUUUGAUAUGUUUCGCGUUAUUCGACAUGACCUACUCAGCUGUCGAUAUCAUUGUGGGAAUGGUGAGUGAAACAUGGCCAACUUUCCUGGUCUUAAAAGGCGAUAUGGGCAAAUUAGUGAGAGUGAAGCGUUGCGUAUGCGACGCGGCUUUUUGCGGGAAAUCCGAGAUCAAACGCUGAUGACAAGUUGUGACCUCCAGGUUCCCGUCAAAAAGCCGCGUCGCGUACGCAAGGCUUCACCUUUGCCAAUAUACUCAUCUCGUCUUGCAAGUCGGGAAGGAUAAACUAUAAAGCUUUCCAAGUUUGAAAAAAAUGCCAAAUUUUCAGGCUUCUCAUCAGUACGAGUCUUCUUUCUCCGUUUUUGUUAGUCAAGGACCUCUUGUCGAUGUAAAUCCUUUCCAGUUUAAUGUUUCAAAGUCUUCAAGUCUCAGAACCCAGUCCUUGGCGAAAUAUCUCUAAUCAUCCGUUGCUCAUUUGUCAGUCUAAGCUACGGUAUUUUCGAAAUACACUUCAUCUAUCGCUACAUACUUCUGUGCAGGUAUCCUUCCUUCAAUUUUUUUUAAAAUCACUUCUUUCGAAAUUUCUUAAGACCAAAACUUCUCCACUGGUUCACCCAACCCUUGUACAUAUUCGGAUGGUUUUUGUUUUGGUUAUUUUUCGGUAUCUACUGGGCUAUUAGUGUAACUUUGGCUCGUCUUAAUAAAGAAGAUCGAGAAUUUCUAAGAGAAACAUUCAUGAAUACUUAUAACGCUAAUAUUGACGACCUCGGAAUCUUGGGGCUUCGCUACAAGGUUGAAUAAGGUUAUUUUUUUUAUCAAAUGGAAAGAUUUAGGCGAAAACGAUCGUGAGAACGUGCACAGUGAUGUUGAUGGAUAACUUCAUAUCAUUAUCUGUUAUCACUUCUUACUUUGUCCUGGGAUACAAGGUAGGAAAAUUAUGGAAAACCUCACGGAUUUCGGGUAUUUUCAAGAUUUCAGACUUGCCAUUUUGUGGAAGUUUCCUUUUCGCAUUGCUCAUAAAUCUAUCUUUCUGAAAAUAAAUGAAUUCAAAGUAAAAACUCUGGCUUCCAAAAAAUGUGAUCAGCAGAAACUUCGCUCUAUAGACAAACUGUAUUUUCAUAAAUUUUUCCUAUGUCUUAUAAAAGCUCUACAUCCCUUAGCUUCCGAGAUAGACACAAAUUUUGAAUAUUUUGGCUUUCGGAGUUUUCAAAGUUAAAAUAAGGUUACGGUAAGCAAAUCUGUGUACACCGAAUUUGUUCUUUCCUGGCGCGAGUUUCUCUCAAAAUUAUAGAUUUUUUUUUUCCAUUAUCCUAUACAAAAUCAGGAUUACGACAAAAAAACUGUAUAAUAUGGCUUUUAGGAGCUCAAAAAUCACGUUUUGAUGGCCAAUAAGCCUUUGAAACCUUCAACUAAAAAGAAUCUUUUUCCGUUUAUAGAUUAGAACAAAUGGAAGUUCCAGUUAUUUCUCUUUUUACGUUGUCAACUAAUGAAACCUCAUUCAGAUAAACAAGCAACUAAAAAUUUCUACAAUAAGCCCGACUGCGAAAAGAGUUCAUCGACAGCUUUUCUUGGCUCUAAUCAUCCAAACGACGAUCCCAUUCCUUGUCAGCUUCCUGCCCUGUUUGCUUAUAUGGUAUGCGCCCCUGUUCGAUAUCAACCUGGGCAGGUUAUCAUCAGUUUCAUUUUGAUACAAUCACUGAAAUCCUUCAGCUUCAACAACAACUACGCGAUCCCGAUGUUCAGCGCUUUUCCCUUCUUUGAUCCAAUCGCAAUAAUUGCAAUAUUUUCCGAAUACCGAGCUUAUGUCUUGAAACAUAUUGGAAUCAACAAUGUGGUGAAAAAUAUGGGGUCUUCGACUUCAAAUACAAUCAAAGAACAGUCAGACUCGAAUAACCGUAAUAUUGUGAGGAAAUAAAAUUUUUUUGAUAAAAAAAAGUCUUCGACAGUGGAAGAGGUGACCAGCAGAUCUACGAAUGGACCAUUAUUAAAAAAAGCAAAUAAAUAAACUGCAUAGCAAAAUAAACUUUUUUAGGCCUUGAAAGUUGGUUCUGAAGUCUGAAGCCCUAAAAACGUGUUUUUUUUUUUUAAAUUUAAUAAUUUACAAUAAACCUGAAAAAUCUCCUGACACCUAAUUGAAUACUUAUCAUAAUGAAUAACAAUGCAAAUAUAUUAUUAAUAGUUUUUGGGAUAAAAAAAUUGCUAUAUCCAGACUGCACCUUCGUCAAAACUGCACCCCCCACAGGAAUAGGGAAAAAGAAUUCAUUUUUGUCCUCGUUAUGUCUCUAAGUACAUUAAUGGAAAAGCUAGCUGAAGCUCAUUUCAAUUUUGGCUUGAAUUCUCCUCCAACCACUCCAUUUUCCACCUGACAGAAAUUUCUGAAAAAUAAAAUCCAAGUUAGGAGCUUUAACAAAAAAAAAAGUCUCUUGAUAUAAUUCUUAUCAAGUCACGGAGCCAAGAAAGCUUUCAAAUGCCUGAGAUCGAACUUGGCGCGAUUCCAAAAUGGCUGCCCCGAUUUUUCUGUCUUCUCUCCUUUAUUUUCAACCCAAUACUGAUCUACCUCGUUCUGACUCAAAAUAAGUGCAAAAUCGGCCCUUAUCGACAACUUUUGGUCUGUUUCGCCUUAUUUGAUAUGACCUACUCAGCGGUCGAUGUUAUCGUCGGGAUGGUAAAAGAAACAGGGAUUUUCUCCUUGAAAUUAAAUAUUUUUCAGGCGGUACAUCAUUACGAAACAGCUUUCAUUGUGUUUGUCAGCCAUGGGCCGCUAGUUGACGUGAGAAACUUUGAAAACUUCGCGAUCAAACUAACCUAACCUUCAAAACUAGAAAAAUACCUUCUCUUUAGAACCUACUCGAACCUCGGUAACGAAAACCGGACGCGCUCUGGACGUUUCUGAGCACUUCUAGGGAACCCUGAAAAAUGGUGACACUACUAAAGUGGUCGCUAGAAGUGUCCCGACACGCCCGAAUUGCAUCCGGUUCCCUUUACCAUGAUCCGAGCAGUUCUCAUUUUUACUUGAUAAAUAACUUUACUCUAGAACCCGGUUGCUGGCCAAAUCGGUGUCAUCAUUCGAUGUUCCUUCAUUUGUCUCAGCUACGGCACUUUUGAACUACAUUUCAUUUACCGUUACAUUGCUCUUUGCAGGUAUAUUGUCCCUCAAAAAUCGUGUAAAACUUUGUUCAGACCCCAACUAGUUCACUGGUUCACUCAUCCGGUAUACAUCUUUAGAUGGUUCCUUUUUUGGAUAUCUUUCGGUUUCUAUUGGGCUUUUGCCUGCUCUUUUGCUUAUUUGAACAAAGAAGACCGUGAUUUUCUUCGUGAAAAUUUUCGGGACAAUUACAACGUCGACAUCGAUGAUCUUGGAGUUUUGGGUGUUCGGUACAAGGUUCAUUUCGAAUUCAUGAAAACGGGAGUUCUCUGA